UUUGAACCCGGUUAGAUGUCGGCCAUUUUGAUUAUGUCUACCAGCACGUAGAAAACGGCAUGAAAAUAUGGUUUCUAUAUGAAGUGAGAAAUAUCGAAAAUUUGGUAUCGAGAAUCAUACUUUCCGCACUUUACAUUAACCAUCUUUCCUGUAUUAUAUGCGUAUUACGUAGUACAUGGUGAGAUUCGAGGCACGCUUUGUCGUGCUUAAACCAGAUUUUUCGGGUCUUUAGUAUAGGUGUUCAUAGUCGUACAUAAUUAAAAGAAGAUUCUGAAAAUAUUGAAAUACCCCGUGCCAUUAAAAGUGUGUCAACAUUUGACAAGGAAAUUGUAUCGACGUAGCAAUCACCUGCAGCAGUUACAACGCUGCAAUUCUAACAGCCCCACCAUGCCGACGGCAAGCCGAGCACGAGUGUAUGCUGAUGUAAACAAUCACCGUCCUCGUGAAUAUUGGGACUAUGAGUCUCACGUUGUGGAAUGGGGGCAGCAGGAUGACUAUCAGAUUGUGAGGAAGCUUGGUCGAGGGAAGUACAGUGAAGUUUUUGAGGCCAUCAAUGUCACAAAUAAUGAAAAAUGUGUCAUCAAAAUAUUAAAGCCAGUGAAAAAGAAGAAAAUCAAAAGGGAAAUUAAAAUAUUAGAGAAUUUGCGAGGUGGCACUAAUGUUAUAGCAUUAUUGGCCAUUGUAAAGGACCCUGUGUCAAGAACACCAGCACUUGUCUUCGAGCACAUCAACAACACAGAUUUCAAGCAACUGUACCAGACCUUUACAGAUUACGAUAUUAGAUUCUACUUGUAUGAAUUACUAAAGGCUCUAGACUAUUGUCACAGUAUGGGUAUCAUGCAUAGGGAUGUUAAGCCACACAACGUGAUGAUAGACCAUGAAAACAGAAAGUUGAGGUUGAUAGACUGGGGUCUGGCUGAGUUCUACCAUCCAGCCAUGGAGUACAAUGUCCGUGUUGCCUCCAGAUACUUCAAAGGUCCAGAGCUGCUUCUAGAUUAUCAGAUGUAUGACUAUUCACUAGACAUGUGGAGUUUAGGUUGCAUGUUUGCCAGCAUGAUCUUCAGAAAGGAGCCAUUCUUUCACGGGCAUGACAACUAUGAUCAAUUGGUUCGAAUAGCAAAGGUUCUUGGCACUGAUGAUCUAUACGCGUACAUUGAAAAAUACCAGAUAGACUUAGACCCCAGGUUUAAUGACAUACUUGGAAGGCAUUCUCGUAAGAGGUGGGAGCGGUUUGUUCACAGUGAGAACCAGCACCUGGUGUCCCCAGAGGCCCUGGACUACCUGGACAAGCUGCUGCGCUAUGACCACCAGGAGAGGCUCACCGCCAGGGAAGCCAUGGAACAUCCAUACUUCUACCCAAUAGUGAAGGAACAAGGUCGUAUGGCGUCCAUGUCGGGGCACAACUCCCCGCCUGUGCCAACCUCAGGACAAGUUGGAGGAGGCAGCGUAAACUCUUCUGUAGCAGUGUCGGCCACUCCUGUCCUUGCUGGGGGUAUCUCCUCUCUACCAAACAGUGCUACUGCUUCAGCCCAGUCUUAGAACACACUUGUGCUGACAUUUACAGAGCUUAUUACUAUAGCAAUGUGUGUCUGUUGUCACUCCUAUCAACUUGAGUUGCUACUGCAGUCACCGUCACUAUCAGUAUUGACUAUGUGCUGUAAUUUAUAAAGAUCAUAAUUAUACAUGUACCGCUAUAAUAAGGUGACCUGCAAAUUUCUAAAUUGUGCAGUCCAGUUUAUGUUGUCAUUGUUAUGCAGCUUAAAACAGUAGCUUGAUUUGGAUUACAUCAUUUUAAAUGCAAAGAUUAUCUGUCUGAGGAAUGUGAGAAACGAUAAUAUAAAGGCAUGGCCAUGAAUAUGAUUAUGUUUCAUCUUUAAAGAUGCAGAAAGAUGGGUUUCAUUGUUUUAGCUCCACUAUUCACCCAAUCUUCCAACCUAUACUUCUCACCCAAAUGUUGGCAUACAUAUAUUGCUAUGGUGAAUGUAAACUUGCAACAUUUUAAUCACUGUUUCUAGACAGGCAUUCAACUAAAAAUUCAUUUUGUGUUUUGGGGUUACUGUUUGAGGUCACUGACCAAUUUCCAUAACUCUGACCUGCAAUUAAGCACAAUUAUCCGCUUUUUGUACUUAAAAAAUUUUGGUAAGCAUUUGUAUUGAACAACUAUCUCUAGAUGAAAAGCAGACCUAGUAUAGAGUUGCAUUUAGGGCCAUUUGGUUGAAGGUCAAGGCAACUGCUGUUUUCCUGAAUAACUUCAUUUAUAAUGUAUUGUACAGAUAUUGUGUGGGAAGUUGUUUACAAGCUGAUCCAGCGGGGAUUGUGUUUUGGGCCAGUGGCGUGAAGGUCACUUUUAAUAAAAAUAGACACAAGUGUUUCUGCUCUAUGACUUCAGUUUUAAUGCAGGUAUUGUACUGUAAUUUUGUUUGUAGGUAGCUAACAUGCAGAUCUAAGGUGGGUUUGCAUUUGGGGCCAGUUGGAUCAAGUUAUGGUAACUGUUACUAAAAUAAAUAAAGUUUUGUUCUGCUCUAUGACUAGAGGUUGGAUGGAGGUAUUGUGUUGUGAAUUUGUUUGUUGGUAGCUUAGUUGCACAAUUUGCUUUCAAUCUAGAUUAAAUUCAACUAAAUACAUUGUUAAAUAGCUAAAAAUCUAUCUUUUGGCAUUUUUAUAUUUUUCGUUAUUUAUAAAUUUUUAUCUUUGAGUUCACAUAUACUAUUCUACUACUACUUCUACAGCUAUUAAACUUUAAAUUUGUCUUUGUGGUCGUUAUAACAGGUGACUGUAACAAAAUGUACACUUUACUAUCGAACUGGUAAAAUGUAGUCGAGAGUGCUUUCUUGGGAAAGCUUUUGAUUUGGAUUUUUAUGCCCCCGGAUCAAUAGAUUGGGGGUAUAUUGUUUUUGUCCUGUCUGUCAUUCUGUCCCAAAACUUUAACCUUGGUCAUUACUUUUGCAUUAUUGAGGAUAGCAACUUGAUAUUUGGCAUGCAUGUGUAUCUCGUGGAGCUGCACAUUUUGAGUGGUGAAAGGUCAAGGUUAUGCUUCAAGGUCAAAUAUAUGGCUUCCAAGCAGCGCAGUAGGGGCCAUUGUGUUUCACAUAGGCCUAGUUUCACAAACACAGCUCUUGUUUAUUUUUAUUGUUUGAAUGAUAUUUUGUACUGUAAGAAUGAGUUAACAGUUGAAAUUGUUCACAGUUUAUUAAAUGGAUGUUGUGCUCCACUGUGCACACCAUACUGUGUUGAGCUUUGUAAUUGUCUUUAAUAGUCAUUUGUCAUCAGCUUUUACCCAGUAAAAACUUCAUCAGCCACAUUGAUGGGUCAAUAAUCAUCAAACGUGCUUGCACUGUUUAUUUCAACUAUAUUUUGGAGGAAAUAGUUCAUAUCGAAUAGUACGAAAAUGAACCUGAUGUUACAAGUACAGGAUCACAAGGAGUCACCAGACUUAAAAAGCAUGUAAAUGCGCUAAGAAAGUAGUUGUUCCUUUGUCACUUUGGUAAGUGCUGACGAACCUUGUGGCAUUGUUUUUGAAAUAUGAAAUUAUAGAGUCCUGCAGCAUUAUGGCAUGAGUAUUACAGAGUUAUUACAGCAUGGUUCCACCAGCUUCCAGCCACAGUUUGCUUAGCUCAUGGGGAGGCGGAAAACGACAAUGGGCGAGGCAUGGUAUGGUAUUGCGCAAGGGGGGGUUAGAGGGUUUGGGUUAGUGUUAGGGGUCGGGUUAGGGUUUGGGUUAGCCUAAACCCAACCCUAACCCGACCCCUAACCCUUACCCUAACCCUUUUUUGGGGUUAUCACCCCUGACCAUGCCUCGCCCGUUGUAGUUUUCCGCCUCCCAGCUCAUGCACUAUCCUGCUUUUGAGCGGCAGCUUCAGCUUGUAGUACUUGAUGUAUUAAUGGAUGUUCUAGACUUAAAUCAACAGUAAAAAUUCUAGUUUUUCAACUUGGAACAAAUGUAUUUUGUGCAAUAUAUCUGACCUUUCAACAAAUGUGCAUGUGUUUUUGUGAGAAGCUAUCAUCCUGAAGUGUGGAUACUCUUGUCAUUUUAAGUCGUAUUCAAGUAUGAACAGUUGGCUGCAAUAAUUUAGUAUUUCACCACAAGGUUUUCAUUAAACAUAGAUUAUUUUUCCAAAAGAUGCUUAACAGCUUUACAUCUGUUUGUCUGUAAAUAAACAUAUUUUUAACCAGGUUUUCCGAAGGAAAAAACUGGUUAUUAGAUUGGCGAAUGCGGGCGGGCUGGCUGGCUGGCUGGCGGGCGGGCGGAACAAGCUUGUUUGGGCCAUAACUUUGUCGUUCAUUGUGAGAUUUUAAAAUCAUUUGGCACAUUUGUUAACCAUCAUUAGACGGUGUGUCGCGCAAAAAAAUUACGUCAAUAUCUCCAAGGUCAAGGUCACACUUUGAGUUCAAAGGUAAAAAAUAGCCAUAAAUGAGCUUGUCUGGGCUAUUACUAUGUCAUUCAUUAUGAGAUUUUAAAAUCAUUUGGCACAUUUGUUCACCAUCAUGGGAAGGUGUGUCGCACAAAAGAAUCACGUCAAUAUCUCCAAUGUCAAGGUCGCCACGACUAAAAAUAGAUUUAUUUUAAAACAAACUUACAAAGGGGGUUAAUAUUGUUUGUUCAUUUAAAAAGUUCAGUUUGAGUUGUCUCCCUUUAUCAGAUUUUUUUUCACAACGAAAACCUGGUUUUGUGACAAUUUUGUCCCUUGUUGUUUGUUAAGCAUGCAGGAGUGGCAGCAUCAAUAGAUUUCCAAACUGUCAUGAAUGGAACUAUAUGCAUAAUAUAUCCUUUACCCGACUCGAGUUUGCUCUUUUAUCAAAGUCCCUGUUGCUAUUAAGAGACCAAACGCAAUAUUGUAAUGGAACUCCAUUCGUAGAUACUAUAUACCAGUAGCUAGACAUUGCAUGAAGUAGCACAACCAUAUUGGGUUAGUGUGAUCACGGUCACUUGUUUUGAAAAUAAGAGACUUUAUUGCUUGAGAAUUAAUUUAACUUUGUUUAAUACCAAAACAAAUGGUGUGUUUUAAAUUGCUGGUAUAUGUUGAAGAACAGUCUACUUGACUGUUCUCCUACUGCUCUUAUUUUUCCCUAAAAUUUUUACAGAAGCACCGGUAGCUGGUGUAUCACUGGUUGCUAACAAUCUUGGCAACGGCAACUGUUCCUUAAAAUAUCAAUUAAAAAAACAGCUCAAAAAUGCCCUUAUAAGUUCUUAGUAGCGGAGUACUUUAAAAUAUAACUGGCUUGCUACUCAAUUUUGUUUUUGGAGAACACUGGUACAUGUCUGUGUGGAUUUACAAUUAACCAACAUUGUUUAUUUGUCCUGUUAGAAUUGAGGUAUAUCGCUCCAACUUUUUUCUUUUCUAAUGUUCUCAAUUCUUUUUUUCAUGCUUUAAGUGUUUUAAGAUCACCUGAGCACAGAAUGCUCAUGUUGAGCUAUUGGGAUACAGAGAUGUCUGUCAUCUGUCUUUCCAUCAACAUUUUCUUCCCACCUUAUUUCUUGAACCCAUGGGCAGAAUUUCACAGGAAUGUUGCAUGGGUGGUCGUAUAUAAAAAAAUGUAUCAUCCCAGACUGUUGAUUAAUUAGGUUGUUAGACCCAAAAAGGGGAUGUUAAAAUUUGACUUCAAAAAUCUCAAACAGGUAUGUUACGUUAUAUUGUGGCCCUCUACGAAGUUUGUUAACAUAAAUCUUCAGGUGUCUUAACUGGCCUCACUCUGGGGGUCACACAUUUUAAAUAAACUUAUAUUGGGAAAACCUUUUAAAAUAUCUAAAGUCCAUAUCUUUUAUAUUUGAUAUAUAAGCAUCAUCUUGAAAUCCUCCACAUCAUGCCCCUGGGAGUCAAAAGUGGCCUUAGUUCAGGAUCACCAGUUUGUCCUCUGGGACAGCAAGGUCCAGAGGUUUGAUAUUUAAUAAUGUAACAUCAGAUAGUGUUCCUCUACAAAGUUUUUUCAAAUUAUUUCCUUUAUGUCAAAUCUGGCCACGUGCCGUUUGUCUUUUAGUCUUUUAAUAUAGCAAAACAACUUAAAACAUUUUCUUCUUUAAAAUAACAAGGUUUGUACGUGUUAUGUUUGGUACGUAACAUCAGAUAGUGGUUCUCUGCUUAGAUAAUUAAAAUUAUGCCUCAGGGGCUAAAAUUGGCAACAUCCAUGUAGUGGUGUGUAAUGUUUUAUGUAGACUCGCAUGUUUAACUUACUCCCCUGUCAUGAAAAGUAGCCCAAACCAGGGGUCUUUCGCAUUUUACAGUUUUUCAGGUGAGCAUUUAAUGAUCAUUAGGGUCCUCUUGUUAAUUACAGGUUUUUAUUAAGUUCUAGGUUUGAUUUUGUGUAUGCAAAAUGUGGAGUUAAUAACAUGUUAGGAGACAACUAUCUUGGUGCUGCUAUGAAGACUUGCUAAUUUUUUAUAUAUUUUACUUAUUUGCAGGCACUCAUUGGUUGUCAACUUGUAUUUCAAUUUAUCAUGUGUAUUAUGUUUCAAACUAUAUUUAUAUGACUGUAAGUUUAGUUAAAAAUCAUUAUAUGAAGGAUACUUGAUUGUUGUUAGGGGUAAUUUGUUCUAUGUUUUGCAUUUGAAUGGGCGCUGAUGUGCCUCUCAUAGUCUGUAAAGAAUGAAUGAUGAUGUGACUAUAGCUAAUAAAGUACUUUGUAAACUGAUUAAA